GUGCUGGAGCUUGCAAUUAUUUACCUAUUUUAGAUGGUCAAUCAUUUUAAAGUUUUUAAUUUCUUGUUAACUCUCCAACUCAACUAUGACCAUAUAUGAUUUUGGAAGUCCUAAUAGAGUAGACAUUGUUGUUUAGCGAAUAAAUAUCAAAAAAUAAAAAAAUUGAAAAAUUCAUCACAUAUCUAAGACCAUGGCAUAUUCUACUUAAUAAUUCUUUGACUAAAGUUUUCUCAUCUUUGAAAUGUUCUUGUUAAAGGCUUAAUGGAUAUUACUCUCAUCAUCGUUUUUUGAGAUUGUGUGGAACCUAUUUGCGAAACUGUACUUUUCAGGUUUUGGUUAUUUUUUAAUGUGUGAUACUUUUUAGGCUUAAUGGGUUGGCUUCUUGUAGAUUUAAUUGGUUUAUCAUUGUUGGUGACAAGAGAGUGAGAAACCCUCACAUCAUAAAAUACUAAAAAUUGGAAUAAGUGCAAAAAGAAACCGUCUCAUACUAUGACAUUUCCAUUGAUUUGGCAUGUGUGUAACUACUCUUAUAACUCCAAUUAUCUUAUAGAGAACGUUCUGUAACUUUCAUGAUUUGACAAUGAAAUCGAAAUACUUGGUAACAUUCACAGUUGGCUUGGAUCAGAGGAACAACAUUGAUGCAGCAGUUAAAAAGGUUACACAAAUGGACCAUUCUAUUAUAUGUAUUAUUUUUAUGAUGUUGCAAGUAGAGGUCUGUAAUCUUAUUUUAUUUUUUGAUAGUUUUCUGAGGAUUUUCAAAUUAUGCUUUUUCAUUAUGAUAGCUGGACAAGUGAAUGGGAUCAAUUUGAGUGGUCAAAGAGGGCCAACCAUGUCAGUGUAAGAAAGCAAACAAAAUAAUUCAAAUGACCAUUAUAAGAUUUGCUACCAGUUGUGUUUCUGCUGAGGAAUUGGUGGAAAAAAUUUAUCAAAAACGAGAGGAUGGGAGUUAUUGAGGAGUUGGUGGAAAAAAUUCAUCAAAAAUUUAUCAGAUUGAGGAAUUGCCACUGCAAGAAUUUCAUGGCCACACUAGUGAUGUCUUGGAUCUGGCCUAGUCCGAAUCUAAUUGUCUUCUUUCAUCAUCGAAGGAUAAAACUGUUCGUCUAUGGCAAGUGGGCUGCAAUGAAUGUAUUAGUGUUUUCCAACACUGACUAUGUGACAUGCAUUCAGUUCAAUCCAGCCAAUGAAAAUUACUUCAUGAGUGGCUCUAUAGACAAAAAAGCUCGAAUUUGGGGAGUGAUUGAGAGACAAGUUGUUGAUUGGGCUGAUGUGAGAGAUGUAGUAACUGUUAUAUGUUACCACCCAGAUGGCAAAGUCUUUAUAGUGGGCUCUGUCAUCGGCACCUGCCGGUUUUAUGGAGCAUCAGAUGGAAAUCUCCAACUAACUACAGUGAUAAAUUUCUGGGGUAGAAAUAAAUCCUCCAGCAACAAAAGUACUUAUAUGUAUAAUUAGUUUGAAUUACAUCUUUUGUGCCGAUCUGUUUUGUAAUAACUUUCAACUUACUACUAGGCACUAGUUUAACUUUAUUUCAUCUUGGAAUUGAAAUAUUUUUGCAUAUUGAGAAGUAUGAAUUG